GGGAAAGGAAAAGUGGAGAAAGAAGAAAAAGUGGUGGGUCGUCUAAUGUAGGAGAGGCAACGCAGGGACACGCCAUGAUUGCUGCUUCAUCCUCUCCUUUUUCUUUUCCAGAGAGACAGAUAGAGAGAGAGAGAAUGAAAGAAGAUUUUGGAAGGAUUGUGAAUAUUGUAUUAUGUAUCUCAAACAAACAGUCACCGAGCAAUUAAUUAAGAUCUCACUAACCUUGAUCGCUACCUCCGAUGGCUAUCUCGCCGGAAUCAUCGUCUGCGGAUCGGCACUCGGUCGACUUCCGCGCCCCGCCGCCUUCUCCGAUCGCCUCCGGGCGGCGGUCCUCCUUCACAAACGAGGAUGUCCUCACGGAGUUCCUCCAGAACUCUCUCCGCGUCCCCGACCUCAUCUUGCCCGACCGGAUCUUCCCUCGCCAAAAGUCAAUCCAGAACCCUCCCAAAAUAGACUUUUGCUCCCUGAACUCGCCUCAGAACAGCUCCGUCGCCGAAAUCCUCGACUCCAUUGCUCGGAUCGGUUGCUUUCAGAUCAUCAACCACGGAAUUAAGCGCGAAUUCGUAGAGUCGAUCUUGACGGCCGGUGCCGGAAUAUUCACGCUACCGCCGGAGAAGAAGAAAGCUGUUUCGAGGUCUUCGGAGAAACCCUACGGCUUCGAGGAGUUCCUCGGAGAAGAUGAGAGAGAGAUGAGUGAAGAGUUCGUUUGGUGCAGAGACCAGAAUUUGAAGUUGGAAAUGGAGGGAAUCUGGCCACAUGAAUAUUCAAAUUUCAGCCUGAAAAUGGAAGAACUUCUGUCGGAGAUCGAGAAGUUAGCCGGAGAGAUUAUCUUAGCUCUGAAGAAGAACACUGCGACGAAGCCAAGAUGUGAAAACGGCGUGACGCAGGAGCAAGACCUUGCUGGAUCUCUCUGUUAUCUCUACAAACAUUUCUUCAAUUCUCCGGUUGAUCAGUGGGACAAUUCACUGGGAUAUGACGUUAUUAGAAUGCUGAUAAGAGGCUCGGAUUGCUCCCAUUCGCUAGGUUUGCAUUUCUGCUAUGGCUCUUCGGAGUUUCAUGUUUACUACAAGAAAGGCUGGGUUUCAUUCUGCCCAGAGACGGAUGCCAUAGUAAUCACCAUUGGAGAUCAGAUACAGGCAUGGAGUGGCGGGCAAUACAAGCACGUGAUUGGAAGGCCAAUCUUCAAAGGCGAACUUGGUGACCAAGACUACUGCAUCUCAAUGGCCUUUCUCUAUUCUCCCCCACGCAUUGGCAACAGCUUGGAGACGAUGAGCAAGGAGAAAACUAUAUCAAUUGGUCAACAAGCCAUUCUGGCUCUGAUUAUGGCUCUGGUUUUCCAACUUUUGGUUUAUUAUGUCUUCAAGCAGUGAAACAGUGGGAAGAGCCAGCUCCCGCUUGAGUGAUUUGUCCUCCGAGUGAUUGUUUCACCUUUUCUUCUAUAUUAUAUCCUUUUAUUAUUUUUUUCAUAAAUCGCUAUAUAAUUGGUUAAAACCGUGAGAAAAAA